GCACGUAAUAUCGGAGAGAUAUGGUCUGAAUAGCUUCAUAUUAUUAAUUGCUGUUUUGCUGUAUAUAAAUGAUCAUCAUCUUCAAUCUUUCGUACUUGUUAUUAUCUAUCUAUCUAUCGAUCUAUACAUACAUACAUACAUACAUACAUCUGUCUACUUAUCUAUCCAUACAAGACUCACAUACAACAAGCAGUAACCAAUAUGUCUACUACAACAACAACUACCACUACCACUGCUCCUCCUCCUGCUACCUCUUCUCCUACUACUACCACUCCUACAGCGUCUACAAUCCCCCGCGGCCCCAUAACAGUCCCCCUCAUCUUCUACCACCCCCCACCAGACAACUCCACCCCCUACAACUACGUCGAGACCCCGCCAAAAGGGUACCCCCAGCGCAACUUCACCGAAGCAGCGCACGACGUGCACCUAACCGACAUUCGCCCUCCUCACCACUCCCAAGACAAAGAAGACCAACAACAAGAGUUAAACAAAUACACCCUCCAAACCCACGCCUUCCAAAUCCACCGCCACAUCCCCACAUCCACAACCUACAGCACCUUCACCUCCGACACCUCCGUCCAACAAACCUACUACCCCGAAGUCUCAUCCCUCCUCCUCUCGCACGUCCCCAGCGCAAAGAAGGUCAUAAUCUUCGACCACACCAUCCGCCGCGACAUAGACGGGGCCGCGCGAAAACCCGUGCAGCGCGCGCACGUCGAUCAGACUGCCAAGGCAGCCGCCGAGCGGGUGCGUCUGCACGUCGAGGAUAAGGAAGAGGCGGAGUGGAUAUUGCGGGGCGGGAUGCGGUAUCGGAUUGUGAAUGUUUGGAGGCCGCUUAAUGGGGCGGUGGAGAGUGCGCCGUUGGCGUUUGCGGAUGCGGGGAGUGUUUUUGAUACCCCCUCAUCAUCAUCAUCAUCAUCAUCUUCUUCUUCUUCUUCUUCCUCUGGUCCUACUUCUGGGGCAGCGGAAGAAGGGGGGGAGGGUGACUUGGUAGCAGUCGAACACCGCUACCCGCACCGCACGGGCGAAACGCUGCAAGUAAAGUUCAACCCCAACCAGCGGUGGAUGUAUCUCUCCGGGAUGGAGAACCAUGAGAGGCUGCUGCUGCAGUGCUCUGAUAGUGAGGGGGACGGGGUGGGGCGGAGGGUGCCGCAUACUGCGUUUUGGGAUCCGAGGACGGUGGAGGGGGCGAAGCCGAGGGAGAGUAUUGAGGUUAGGGCUUUGGUUUUGGGAUGAGAUGUAUUUGGGGGGAUUCUUCUUUUAAUAUAUGAUAUAGCAAGUUGGUUGUUUUUGAUUUACCCUGCUGUAGCUCUUGGUAGUGUGAUAUG